AUGUCAUCUGAUAGCAUAUUAUACACGGAUGAGGAUGAGGCUGGCUCCAUUGAGAAUCUUACAAGAGAAUACACUGGUGAUAACAAACCCAAAGAAUUAAUAGAGGCAGUUGCUUCAAAAGAUGGAUUAUACCAUUUGAAUGGAACACUUUCGAGGGCAACUACUAGAGAAAUAGACGGUGAUUCAUUACAAUCAUCUGAUGAAGAAAAGAAUGAACAAGCCUCCGAGAGUACAUCCCCUUAUACAUUACUUACAUAUAAACAAAAAUGGGGGAUGGUUGCACUUUUAACGAUGUGUGGUUUUUGGUCAUCCUUAGGUUCACCAAUUUAUUAUCCUGCUUUAAGACAACUAGAAAAGCAAUUCGGUUUGGAUGAAAACAAAGUCAAUGUCACCGUUGUCGUAUAUUUGUUGUUUCAAGGUAUUGCCCCAACAAUUAGUGGUGGGUUAGCUGAUGUGUUCGGCCGUAGACCCGUCAUUCUAAUAGGUAUGCUGAUAUAUGUUGUUGCUUCCAUUGGUCUAGCUUGUGCUCCAUCAUAUGGUGUUAUUGUAUUUCUAAGAAUUAUCCAAAGUAUUGGUAUUUCUCCUACCAUUGCUAUUAGUUCAGGUGUCGUUGGUGAUUUCACAUUGAAGCACGAAAGAGGUACUUUCGUCGGGGCUACUUCAGGAUUGGUGUUGUUAGGUCAAUGUUUUGGAAGUUUAAUCGGUGCUGUGUUAGCAGCUGCUUGGAAUUGGAGAGCAAUUUUCUGGUUUUUGACCAUCGGAUGUGGUACCUCGUUUAUAAUUGCAUUCCUCUUACUACCUGAAACCAAGAGGACACUUGUCGGAAACUUGUCUAUCAGGCCAAAGAAUCCAUUUAAUUUUGCUCCAGUUUUAUUACUUAAACCAGUACAGAAAAUGUUUAAGCUGAAUGAUCCUGAUUAUGACAGUGUAGAUCCAAAUAAACCCAGAUUUGAUUUAACUUCUGCACUUAAGAUUUGUGCCCAACCAGAAAUCUUAUUAUCAUUGUUCCCUGGUGGGCUUCAAUUUGCUCUUUGGACCGUUAUGCUUUCGUCAAUUUCUUCCACUUUGAGUGUGGCUCCAUAUAAUUAUAGAUUAACCAUCAUCGGUGUUUGUUAUUUACCAGGUGGUGUUGGUGGGUUACUUGGUUCCAUGUUAACUGGUAGAUUUAUCGAUUUCUUAUACAAGAGAGCCAGAAGUGAUUAUGAAAGAAAGAAGGCUUCAGGUGAACUUCCGGAAGAUGCUGUAUUUAAUACUUUUCAAGUCCGUUUAAGAGCUAUCCUACCUCAAAAUUUCAUUGCAGUCAUUUCAUUCUUAUUAUUUGGAUGGAGUGCUGAUAAAGGUUGGAAAAUUCCAGCCAUGUUGAUUACUUCCUGCGUUAGCUCCUUCUGUGCCAUGAGUACCUUGUCAUCAUCAACUACUUUAUUGGUUGAUUUGUAUCCCAAGAAGGCGUCUACAGCUAGUAGUUGUUUUAACUUUAUCAGAUGUAGUUUAAGUUCGAUCUUUAUGGGUUGCUUUGCCAAGAUGAAGCAUUCAAUGACAGUAGGUGGUACUUUCACUUUCAUGGUUGGUUUAAUAUUUGUCGGUAACUUCCUCAUGUUUAUUCCAAUGAAAUAUGGUAUGCAAUGGAGGCUAGAGAGAGAAGCAAAAGACUUGGCAAGAGAGCAAGCAAAACAUGAUGAAAAAGAAGCCAGUCUGAAUAAAAAUACACAACAAGAGAAGAAAAAGAAGAGAUUUUUCUUCUUUUAA